AAAGGCUGUUAAAUUUGAGAAUUUAAAGCAGUGCAAACAUGUCAUUUACAUGUGAGCAAUUUUAUAACGAGGCAAUACGGCCGAAUUUGGCUCGUUUUUCAUCAACGGUCAAAGUGAGAGAUAUCUUACCUCACCUGCCAUGCCUCACACUCACUGAUAGGGAAGAGGUCAAUGCCAAGAGAGAAACUUCUGGAAACUUCACUGCUAUGCAAACACUUUUGGACAAUCUACGCAGACGUGAGAAAUGGCCUGAUGAGUUCAUCACUGCACUCCGGAACUGUGAACAUAGGGAACUGGCUAAUGAGAUGAGCACUACUUAUGACAAGAUCAGGAACAACACAAAUAAUGCUGCUCCUGCUGCUCCUACACCCAAACCACCACCUGCUCCAGCUGCUUCUUCUACUUCAUCUGGUUCCACAACAACCACAACCACAGUGACAGUUCAUGCAGUCCCAGCAAACUCUCCUCCUCUGCUGAUUCCAACCUCAGGGGGAGCCCCAGUAAGUUCAUCUGCCCCUUCCAACAUUGCAGCUCCUGCUCCUGUUAAACCUCUUACUGCAGUUCCAGCACCUUCUCCUGAACCAGUUUCCCAAGCUGAAGUAGCACCUCCAGUUGUAGCUCCUUCCCAAGCACCUUCCCUUCCUGAAGCCUCCAUCUCUGAAGUGUCUUUACCUGUUCCAACCCUUACUGGGGCAGCUGAGAACAAAACAUCAGCUUUAGAUGAUUCAGAUGGCUUGGCUUUAACAGACCAAACCACCAUCUCCUCUGCUGAAGCUCUUCUCUCCACCUCAAGUGCUCAAGCAUCCUCCUCAGACACUUCCACUUCUCAAAGCCAAAUAACAAAGCUUUACACCACCUCCCAGACUUCUCCGAAGUCAAAAAAGACCCAGGUGCCAACAGCAGACAUAGAUUUUGACAUUUCUGAGAGACUCCCUGUCCAAGACAUUAAUCUCCCAUUGAGAAUGCAAAGGACAUUUCAGGAGCCGGAAGAGAUCUCUGACCCAAAUAAGAGGAACAACACUGUUGGGUUGCCGGUUUUUAAUAAUGCUCCAACAAAUUCUACCACAACAGCUCAGGCAACAUCUUCUGCACCUGCUGAGGUUACGCACUCUCUCUCUUCCAUCGACCAGGAAUUUUUCAGCAAGCCUAAAGUCCUUCAGCAUCCAGAACCCCAGCAGAACAAAGCAGAGAUUCUU